GCGCAGCGCAGGCGCACUUCCGCUUAUCCCGCGGAGGCUGUGGCCGCCGUGGCUGUAGUCGCGGUGGCGUCUUCUUCGCGGGGCAUGGUCCCCGGGUCCGAGGGCCCGGCCCGCGCCGGGGGCCUGGUGGCUGACGUGGUGUUUGUGAUUGAGGGCACGGCCAACCUGGGGCCCUACUUCGAGGGGCUGCGCAAACACUACCUGCUGCCGGCCAUCGAGUAUUUUAAUGGUGGUCCUCCUGCCGAGACGGACUUCGGGGGAGACUAUGGAGGCACCCAGUACAGCCUCGUGGUGUUCAACACGGUGGACUGCGCUCCUGAGUCUUACGUCCAGUGUCACGCUCCCACCAGCAGUGCCUAUGAGUUUGUCACCUGGCUCGAUGGCAUUAAGUUCAUGGGCGGGGGUGGCGAGAGCUGCAGCCUCAUCGCCGAAGGCCUCAGCACGGCCCUGCAGCUGUUUGAUGACUUCAAGAAGAUGCGGGAGCAGAUCGGCCAGACCCACCGCGUGUGCCUCCUCAUCUGUAACUCGCCCCCGUACCUGCUGCCUGCGGUGGAGAGCACCACCUACUCCGGGUGCACGACGGAGAGUCUCGUGCAGAAGAUUGGGGAGCGAGGCAUCCACUUCUCCAUCGUGUCUCCUCGGAAGCUGCCUGCCCUGCGGCUUCUGUUUGAAAAGGCCGCUCCCCCCGCCAUGCUGGAGCCACUGCAGCCACCAGCCGAUGUGAGCCAGGACCCCCGGCACAUGGUGCUGGUGCGGGGGCUGGUGCUGCCAGUUGGGGGUGGCUCCGCCCCAGGCCCUCUGCAGCCAAAGCAGCCUGUCCCCCUGCCACCAGCUCCAGCCUCAGGUGCCGCGCUCUCGGCAGCACCCCAGCAGCCUCUGCCCCCCGUGCCCCAGCAGUACCAGGUCCCUGGGAACCUGAGUGCGGCUCAGGUGGCUGCCCAGAACGCAGUGGAGGCCGCCAAGAACCAGAAGGCCGGGCUGGGCCCGCGCUUCUCGCCCAUCAACCCCCUCCAGCAGGCGGCUCCAGGUGUGGGUCCCCCCUUCAGCCAGGCCCAGGCCCCUUCGCUGCCCCAGGGGCCCCCUGGUGCCCCCAAGCCGUCCCCCUCUUCCCAGCCCAGCCUGGUUUCCACAGUGGCCCCCGGUCAGGGCCUGGCUCCUGCUGCACAGCCAGGGGCACCGUCCAUGGCAGGCACCGUGGCCCAGGGCGGGGUGAGCGGCCCGUCCGCAGCCCAGCUGGGGGCCUCCGCGCUGGGCGCGCAGCAGUCGGUCUCCAACAAGCUCCUGGCCUGGAGCGGGGUGCUCGAGUGGCAGGAGAAGCCCAAACCUGCCUCCGUGGAUGCCAACACCAAGCUGACGAGGUCACUGCCUUGCCAGGUCUACGUGAAUCAAGGCGAGAACCUGAAAACGGAGCAGUGGCCCCAGAAGCUGAUCAUGCAGCUCAUCCCCCAGCAGCUGCUGACCACACUGGGCCCUUUGUUCCGGAACUCGAGGAUGGUCCAGUUUCAUUUCACCAACAAGGACCUGGAGUCCCUCAAAGGCCUCUACCGCAUCAUGGGCAACGGCUUUGCCGGCUGCGUGCACUUCCCCCACACGGCCCCGUGCGAGGUGCGCGUGCUCAUGCUGCUGUACUCGUCCAAGAAGAAGAUCUUCAUGGGCCUCAUCCCCUACGACCAGAGCGGCUUUGUCAACGGCAUCCGGCAGGUCAUCACCAACCACAAGCAGGUUCAGCAGCAGAAGCUGGAGCAGCAGCGUGGGAUGGGGGCACAGCAGGCACCCCCUGGGCUGGGCCCCAUUCUGGAGGACCCGGCAAGGCCCUCGCAGAAUCUGCUCCAGCUCCGCCCACCGCAGCCCCAGCCCCAGGGCGCCGUGGGGGCUCCUGCUGCAGCGGGGCAGCCCCAGGCCCAGGGCGCUGCCCAGGCCCCACCAGGCGCUUCCCAAGGCCCUCCUGGAGCAGCUCCCGGACCAUCCCCUUCUGGACCUAUCCUUCGGCCCCAGAAUCCUGGGGCCAACCCCCAACUGCGGAGCCUCCUCCUCAACCCACCGCCGCCCCAGACCGGGGUGCCCCCGCCACAGUCCUCCCUCCACCACCUCCAGCCACCGGGGGCCCCUCCACUGCUGCCACCAUCUCAUCAGGGCCUGGGGCAACCCCAGCUGGGCCCCCCGCUUCUGCACCCGCCACCCACCCAGUCCUGGCCUGCCCAGCUUCCCCCACGGGCGCCUCUGCCAGUGACACAACCAAAGAGAGAACGAGAGGGCCCCGUGUUUCGAAAAAAAUGGGAGCGAGACUAUUUCUUUGUGGAAGUGAAGAGCAUGCCUACGUGUUUAAUAUGCAAAAAAAUCAUGUCUGUGUUGAAAGAGUACAACCUGAAGCGCCACUACGAAUCAAAGCACAGUAAGAGCUUCGACCAGUACACGGAGCAGAUGCGGGACGCGCUCCUCACCGAGCUGAAAAAGGGCCUGACGGCUCAGUAGGGCCUGGUGGCCAGCGGGGGACACCACCUGGCCGCUGCACGCAGAGAGACUUCCCUGGGCGUUAAGGCCUCCCGCUGACAGCGAGUUGACAAAGCAGCGGAACGGCGGGCCCUGCACGGAGACACUCACCUGUUCAGGCCACAGCUGCAGGCGCCGAUGUGCGCCGAUGUGCACCGCACGUCGUGUGGGAGAGGGAGCAGGAGACUGGCAAGUCCAGCUGCUCGAAAGCGGCAAGUGGGUCGUGGCCUCUUCCGUCCCCACGCGUGAACCGUUCCCACAGCUGGCUUUAUUUAUUUGUGAGGUUGAGGAUUCCUGUGUGACCGAAGCAGCCUGUGACACGGUGCCCAGGCGGGCCCGGCACCGGCGUGUGUGUGUGUGCUGGCGGGAACAUUUUCCAGAGGUCGCAAUGCCGGAGCGCAGCUGCACACUGGCGUGGUGACCCGGUGAUCUGUCUCAGGGGGACUUGUCAGUGCACCUCGAGCCAAGCUGGCAGCAUUUGGCGAGGACACAGAAGUUCGGUGAUUGUGUCCAUAGCCUGGACUUGCACUGUGUUGAGAGAGUGUGAGGAACACACUGUGAACGUCCUCGACGGGCUUCUGUACUUGAAUCUAGGACAGGUGGAUGGUGAACUUGACCCAGCGUAUCCCACAGAAGCUCUGUGACCUGGAUGUCACGUGGUGAUGUGGAAGAAGUCGGACCUGCUGAAACCCAUUUACCGGGUUCUUUUCACGAGAGGCAAGAGCCACACCUUGAUUCCCCUGAGGAGGUCAGUCAAAGACUUCAGGUCAAGGUUUUGACCCUUCCGAACACUGUUAUUUUUCCACAAGGACAUUCACAAAUAGCUACUUGAAUGUAUGUGAGUUUGCCCAGUCCUGGCAAAAAUGGGGAGGCCAACAUUCUGACUCCACUUCCUUUGCCGUGGUUGGUUCCCUGAAACAGAACACACGGCUCAGACCGAGUUCACCUGAAUCGUGGGGUUAACGACCAGGUUCCCCCGAGGGCUCCCUGCGUCCGGACUCCGUGACGACGCACCAGUCCUGUCCAGUUUGCCUUUGUCGCUGGGUGGCGGCAGCGUGAGUGCAGACCGCAAAGAGCAGUUACUGACUCCGGCGCAGUGGGCGUGGUCUCCCCGCGGGGCCCUUCGCAGGGAUCUCGGCCCUGCACUCCGCAGUGGGCGCCCCGAACCUCCGAGCCUGCGGCUUCCUGUGAUGAAACCGAGUCGCAGGCCACCGCACUCCGGGGGUUCCGGGCUGGGUUCCCUGGUGCCCAUCCUGCCGCGCCACCGGGGCCCGACGCAGACAACUCGGGGGCGGCGGGAUGCCCUCAGCCUCCCAGCCUCCACUCAGAGGAGCGAGAGAAACUACGAAAAGAGAAAAUUUUAAUAAGGAAAUCUCUCUAUUUUUCAACUUGUAUUUUUUCAACUUGGAAUUUGAGAUAUGAGCUCCAGUACCAACCGUCCUUGUGUUUUGUUCUGUGCGUUCACCGCAGUUCAGUAAAGAUGCAGUUUGAUCGUA